GAGUGGAGGAGGCGGCGGCGGCGAGCGCUCCCCAGGAAUGUCGCUGCCGCCGCCACCACCGCGGCCGCUGCCGUUGAGGAGGCGACGGAGGAGACCGGCGUUGUUAGGAAGAUGAUCCCUAUGAUCUUGAAGAAGACCUUUCUUUGGCGAUGAGGGAACUACAAAGAACCAAAUAUAAUUCUGAAAUUCAGGAUCUGUAUUUUGAGAAGGUUUUAUUUUCAGAAUGAAAAGUAUAUAUGGUUACCUUUAUGAAUGUAAAGACAUGAGAAAAGAGUUAUGAUGGCAAAGAACAAAGAGCCUCGACCCCCAUCCUAUACUGUCAGUGUGGUUGGACUCUCUGGGACUGAAAAAGACAAAGGAAACUGUGGAGUUGGAAAAUCUUGUCUGUGCAAUAGAUUUGUUCGUUCAAAAGCAGAUGAAUAUUAUCCAGAGCAUACUUCUGUGCUUAGCACCAUUGACUUUGGAGGACGAGUAGUAAACAAUGAUCACUUUUUAUACUGGGGUGACAUAACACAAAAUGGUGAAGAUGGAGUAGAAUGCAAAAUUCAUGUCAUUGAACAAACAGAGUUCAUUGAUGAUCAGACUUUCUUGCCUCAUCGAAGUACAAAUUUGCAACCAUACAUAAAACGUGCAGCUGCCUCUAAAUUGCAGUCAGCAGAAAAACUGAUGUACAUUUGCACCGAUCAGCUAGGCUUGGAGCAAGACUUUGAACAGAAGCAGAUGCCUGAAGGGAAACUCAAUGUAGAUGGAUUUUUAUUGUGUAUUGAUGUGAGUCAAGGAUGUAAUAGGAAAUUUGAUGAUCAACUUAAAUUUGUGAAUAACCUUUUUGUCCAGCUAUCAAAAUCCAAAAAGCCUGUGAUAAUAGCAGCAACUAAAUGUGAUGAAUGUGUGGAUCAUUACCUUAGAGAAGUUCAAGCCUUUGCUUCAAACAAAAAGAACCUUCUAGUAGUGGAAACAUCAGCACGAUUUAAUGUCAACAUUGAGACAUGUUUCACUGCUUUGGUACAAAUGUUGGAUAAAACUCGUGGCAAACCUAAAAUUAUUCCCUAUCUGGAUGCUUAUAAAACACAGAGACAACUUAUUUGUCACAGCAACGAACAAGUUUGAAAACUUGUACAGACUGUGAAGAUUAUCAUGCAACUUGGAAAACUGUGUAGUAAUGGGUAAAAACCAUCCUGAUUAUGAAGAAUAUAUCAACUUAGAGGGAACAAGAAAGGCCAGAAAUACAUUUUCAAAGCAUAUAGAGCAACUCAAACAGGAACAUAUAAGAAAAAGAAGAGAAGAAUAUAUAAGUACCUUACCAAGGGCUUUUAAUACUCUCUUGCCAGAUCUAGAAGAGAUUGAACAUUUGAAUUGGUUGGAAGCUUUGAAGUUAAUGGAAAAGAGAGCAGAUUUCCAGUUAUGUUUUGUGGUGCUAGAAAAAACACCUUGGGAUGAAACUGACCAUAUAGACAAAAUUAAUGAUAGACGGAUCCCAUUCGACCUUCUGAGCACUUUAGAAGCAGAAAAGGUCUAUCAAAACCAUGUACAACAUCUGAUAUCAGAGAAAAGAAGAAUAGAAAUGAAGGAGAAAUUCAAGAAGACUUUAGAAAAAAUUCAGUUCAUUUCACCUGGGCAGCCGUGGGAGGAAGUUAUGUGUUUUGUCAUGGAAGAUGAAGCAUUCAAAUACAUCACUGAGGCUGAUAGCAAAGAAGUAUAUGGUAGACAUCAGCGAGAGAUAGUAGAAAAAGCCAAAGAAGAGUUUCAGGAAAUGCUUUUUGAGCAUUCUGAACUUUUUUAUGAUUUAGAUCUUAAUGCAACACCAAGUUCUGAUAAAAUGAGUGAAAUUCAUACAGUUCUAAGUGAAGAACCUAGAUAUAAAGCUUUACAGAAACUUGCACCUGAUAGAGAAUCUCUUCUCCUUAAGCACAUAGGAUUUGUUUAUCAUCCCACUAAAGAAACAUGCCUCAGUGGCCAAUACUGUACAGACAUUAAAGUGGAAAACUUACUUGCCAAUAGUCUAUUACAUUCGGAUCAUAACCGCUCACGCUUGUAUCAUGAUAGUACCAAUAUAGACAAAGUUAAUCUUUUCAUUUUAGGGAAAGAUGGCCUUGCCCAGGAACUAGCAAAUGAGAUAAGGACUCAAUCCACUGAUGAUGAGUAUGCCUUAGAUGGAAAAAUUUAUGAACUUGAUCUUCGGCCUGUUGAUGCCAAAUCGCCUUACAUUUUGAGUCAGCUAUGGACUGCAGCCUUUAAACCUCAUGGGUGCUUCUGUGUAUUUAAUUCCAUCGAGUCACUGAGUUUUAUUGGGGAAUUUAUUGGAAAAAUAAGAACUGAAGCAUCUCAGAUCAGAAAAGAUAAAUAUAUGGCUAAUCUUCCAUUUACAUUAAUUCUUGCUAAUCAGAGGGACUCCAUUAGUAAAAAUCUACCAAUUCUCAGGCAUCAAGGUCAACAGUUGGCCAAUAAAUUGCAGUGUCCUUUCGUCGACGUACCUGCUGGUACGUAUCCUCGUAAAUUCAAUGAAUCACAAAUAAAGCAAGCUCUACGAGGAGUAUUGGAAUCAGUUAAACACAAUUUAGAUGUGGUGAGCCCAGUUCCUAUCAAUAAGGAUGUGUCAGAAGCCGACUUGAGAAUUGUCAUGUGUGCCAUGUGUGGCGAUCCUUUUAGUGUGGAUAUUAUUCUUUCACCUUUCCUUGACUCUCAUUCUUGCAGUGCUGCUCAAGCUGGACAGAAUAAUUCAUUAAUGCUUGACAAAAUUAUUGGUGAAAAAAGGAGGCGAAUACAGAUCACAAUAUUGUCAUACCACUCCUCAAUUGGAGUAAGAAAAGAUGAACUAGUUCAUGGGUAUAUAUUAGUUUAUUCUGCAAAAAGGAAAGCAUCAAUGGGAAUGCUUCGUGCAUUUCUAUCAGAAGUUCAAGAUACCAUUCCUGUACAACUGGUGGCAGUUACUGACAGUCAAGCUGAUUUUUUUGAAAAUGAAGCUAUCAAGGAGUUAAUGACUGAAGGAGAACACAUUGCAACUGAGAUAACUGCUAAAUUUACAGCAUUAUAUUCUUUAUCUCAGUAUCAUAGGCAAACUGAGGUUUUUACUUUGUUUUUCAGUGACGUUCUAGAGAAAAAAAAUAUGAUAGAAAAUUCCUAUUUGUCUGAUAAUACAAGGGAAUCCACUCAUCAAAGUGAAGAUGUUUUUCUUCCGUCUCCAAGAGACUGCUUUCCCUACAACAACUACCCAGAUUCAGAUGAUGACACAGAAGCACCACCUCCAUAUAGUCCAAUUGGGGAUGAUGUACAGUUGCUUCCAACACCUAGUGACCGUUCCAGAUACAGGUUAGAUUUGGAAGGAAAUGAGUAUCCUGUUCAUAGCACUCCAAAUUGUCACGAUCAUGAGCGUAACCAUAAAGUGCCUCCACCUAUUAAACCUAAACCAGUCGUUCCUAAAACAAAUGUGAAAAAACUGGAUCCAAACUUAUUAAAAACGAUUGAAGCUGGUAUUGGUAAAAAUCCAAGAAAACAGACUUCCCGGGUGCCUUUGGCACAUCCUGAAGAUAUGGAUUCCUCAGAUAACUAUGCGGAACCCCUUGACACAAUUUUUAAGCAGAAGGGCUAUCCUGAUGAGAUUUAUGUUGUCCCAGAUGAUAGUCAGAAUCGAAUUAUUAAAAUUCGAAACUCAUUUGUAAAUAACACUCAAGGAGAUGAAGAAAAUGGGUUUUCUGAUAGAACCUCAAAAGGGCAUGGGGAACGUAGGCCUUCAAAAUACAAGUAUAAGUCUAAAACUCUGUUUAGUAAAGCCAAGUCAUACUAUAGAAGAACACACUCAGAUGCAAGUGAUGAUGAGGCUUUCCCUACUUCUAAAACAAAAAGAAAAGGAAGGCAUCGUGGAAGUGAAGAAGAUCCAUUACUUUCUCCUGUUGAAACUUGGAAAGGUGGUAUUGAUAAUCCUGCAAUCACAUCUGACCAGGAGGUAGAUGAUAAGAAGAUAAAGAAGAAACCCCACAAAGUAAAAGAAGAUAAAAAGCAGAAAAAGAAAACUAAGACCUUCAACCCACCAACACGUAGAAAUUGGGAAAGUAAUUACUUUGGGAUGCCCCUCCAGGAUCUGGUUACAGCUGAGAAGCCUAUACCACUAUUUGUUGAGAAAUGUGUGGAAUUUAUUGAAGACACAGGAUUAUGUACCGAAGGACUAUACCGUGUUAGUGGAAAUAAAACGGAUCAAGACAACAUUCAAAAGCAGUUUGAUCAAGAUCAUAAUAUCAAUCUAGCAUCAAUGGAAGUGACAGUAAAUGCUGUAGCUGGAGCUCUCAAAGCUUUCUUUGCUGAUCUGCCAGAUCCUUUGAUUCCAUACUCACUCCACCCAGAGCUAUUGGAAGCAGCAAAAAUCCCAGAUAAAACAGAACGCCUUCAUGCCUUGAAAGAAAUUGUUAAGAAAUUUCAUCCUGUAAACUAUGAUGUAUUCAGAUAUGUGAUAACACAUCUAAACAGGGUUAGUCAGCAAAAUAAAAUCAACCUAAUGACAGCAGACAACUUAUCCAUCUGUUUUUGGCCAACUUUGAUGAGACCUGACUUUGAAAAUCGGGAGUUUCUGUCUACCACUAAAAUCCAUCAAUCUGUCGUUGAAACAUUUAUUCAACAGUGCCAGUUUUUCUUUUACAAUGGAGAAAUUGUAGAAACUGCAAAUACUGUGGCUGCUCCACCAACUUCAAAUCCAGGACAAUUGGUGGAGUCAAUGGUACCACUUCAAUUGCCACCGCCCUUGCAACCUCAGCUAAUUCAACCACAGUUGCAGACAGAUCCUCUUGGUAUUAUUUAAAUAGAAUGUGAUUGCAGAUGGCCUGAAAUUGGACAAAAACAAAUCUAGACAUGCAUGUUUCAGGGGUUAGUAGUGUAUUUCAUGUUUCAUACAGAUAAUCCACAUGAAAAUGAUGAGACAUUUUCUCUUUGAACUAUAUGGUAUUCCCUAUUCAGUUACAUUACGAAUCUAAAAAACAUGUGAUAAGCAUGACCGGAGAGGUUUAAUUUUUAUAAACAAAAAAUAGUUAUAAAAAUGCAAAGCUGCUGCUGCAUGCAACCUUAUUGCAAUCAGUAUAUCAUUCCUGUGGCAAUUUCUGUCACAUUAUAUUGUGAAUACAAUUUUUCUAUAGAAAUUAAAUGAUUUAAAAACUCAUAUAUGAAAUGUUUAAUGCUUUCAGCCUGCUUUAUGGCUGGUUUUGUUAUUUGAUUGCUAAUUUGGGGACCUAAUUCCAGCAGUCUGUAUAGAUAACUAAAGCCCAGUUAAGUAUUUUUUAAUUUCAGGUUACUAUGCCAUGCUUGGGAUGUUUGAAAGAAAGAAAAAAAGUACAUGUAAUAUGUUUCCCAUUUCUGCACCUUCAUCUUCUAAGUAAAUCUGUGGGUGACUUG